AUGAACAACCUCGUCGACACGCGCGUCCGCGGCGCCGCGCUGCUCCUACCGACACCACAGAGGCCGCCGAACAGGUCGCGCUCGCGGCCGAGGCCCUCGGGGCUGCCGGACGACCACCACCGCCUCAUGGCCGCGUACUACUCGGAGGCCGUCGGCACCCCGGUGCCCGACAAGCAGGCCGCCCUCGAGGAGGCGCAGCCCGCGCCGCCGUGCCCGCAGGUGUCGGAGAUGUCGCAGCUCUCGGACCUGUCGCAGCUGCUGCACUUGCCGCCGCCCAGCACGGUGGAGCCCAGCGUCGCCAGCGGUGUGGUGACGCCGCCGACGCCCUGGCGGUCCGAGUCGAGCAGCAGCACCAUCCAGGGCGUCGUGGUGGAGGCGCCCGAGGUGCCCGUCGGCCUGCCGGACGCUCUCCAGGGCGCCCGCCAGGACACCGUGCAGGUCGUCGACGUGUCCGAGGCCAGCAGCACCAAGUCGCCACGUAUACCCGGCGGCGCCCCCGUGAGCGUAGCCUCGUCCGAAGGCGUCGGGAGUGACUCGUGCGCCAAGGGCAGGGUGAGCCUGGCGCCCUCCGAGGACGCCCACGGCCUGCCACACCGUCCUGGCGGGGGUCAGCGCAGCCUCGCGUCGCAGUCCUCGGCCACGACGGACUCCUCCUCGUUCGGUGCACCGACCUCCAGGAGUGGCGACGGAGCGAAGCACGCCGACAAGAACUCCGAGGACACCAUCGACGUGGGCAGCGCGAUCGUGCACCACGGCUUCUACUUCGGCGCCAGCCUGCCGGAGGACACCGAGAACACGGACUACUUCGAGCAGGUCCGCGCGCUCACGCAGCAGGCCGGGUCGCGCAUUGUGGACUACGAGGACGAGGUCGUGGAGGACGAGGUUCAGGACGAGGCCGAAGAAAACGGCGCCGUUGAGUACGAGACCGUGAAGUACGAGACCGCGGAGGAGACAGUCGAAGAGGACGACGCCGAGGAGUGCGUCACCGUGGAGACCGAGGAUGUCCUGGUGGACGCGCAGAAUGGGUCCGAGGCUGUUGUCGACAGCGUCGACACGGCUGUGAGUGAUCCCACCCAACAGGACGCCGUCGAGAGCCAGCAGCAGAUACCCGAACCACAGACGCCUCCCGAGGACACAGAAGUCCUUCCCGGCGACGCCGCCGACAACGCCACCCCCGAGCUGACGGAGAUCGCAAGGGCCAGCAUGGCCUUGACGGCGGCCAGCAGCAGCGUGCCGGACUCGGAGAGCAUGCCGCUGUUCGAGGACGUGGAGGACGCCGUCGUGGAGACGGUGGAGGGCGCCGGCGACGACUCGCUGGUGGGCUGCGACAUGGACCUGCGGCACGUGGCGGGCGGGCUAUUCGACCCCGCGCAGUGCCCCGCGCCGCCGCCCCCUCCACGCGACGUGCUCGUCAAGGGCGGCUCGCUGCCCGCCAACGCCCCGGACACCGCGGACACGGCGGGCCGGUCCAGGCUGGCGGCCUUCAGCAGCUUCGCGGGGUUCAAGGUGCGGCGCAACAAGCAGCGCUCAGCUACCGCCAGCUCCCUGGCCGCGGACCGCGCCGCUUCCCCGUCCUCCGACGACGCCGGCUCCGUGGACUCGACGGGCAGGCCGCGGGGCGCGCCGAUCAGGAAGCUCAGCAUCGACCUCAAGGUGGCCGACGUCAAGACGGAGCCCGGCGCGCCGUCCUCGCACCGCAACUUCAGCGAGGUGAUCCAAGGCAUCAAGCAGGCCAUCCUGCCGCGGCGCGGCGGUCCCGGCCGACGCACCAUCGCCAAGCGGCCCCGCAGCAGCCACCCCAAGCGGAGCAGCGACGCCAGCUCGGAGGAGAACCUCGAGGCCGUCCUGGACCACGGUGAGCUCCACGUCCAGGACGGCGCCGACGUGCCGCAGGCUCCGCUGCCCCCCGACGACGAGGGCUCCGCCACCUCCGUCCUGCCCAACAAGUCCACCAAGACGUCCCGCAUCCCGUCCAAGGAGAACAAUGCUCCUGCCGGGCUUAAAAAAAAUCAUGUUGACCCAUCGGUGUUCCUGGACAUCGACAGCGCGGUGCGCAGCCGGGCGUCGGUGCCAGCCACGGCCAAGGACAGCGACACGCACUCAAGGUCAUCCAUCGCGCCACCCAGGACCAACUUCCUCACCGACGACGUGCUCAAGUCCCUGGCGCGCUCCUCCAGCAUCAAGUACAUCGACGCCACGCUCCGGUCCAACCUUCGGUCCGUGCGGAAGACGCCCGAGCGGUUCCGGAACGUGCCCGCCACCGUGCGCAGGCCCGAGUCCGGGACGUCGGGCUCGGGGACGCCGGCGCGCCCGAGCAACUCACCGAGGCCGAGCUUGUCCAAGAAGGCCUACAACAUCCGCAAGCGGCUCAAAACCUCCGAGACUGUCAUCUGCCGCGAAGGCAGCCGCUCCUCCGUGGACGUGGAGGGCCUGGCGGACCACAAGGAGGGCAGCAAGUACUUCGUGUACACGGUCAACGAGAACAACGUGACGGAGCUGUGCAUGUCCGAGAUGUUCGUGGUGCAGGAGGAGCCUGCAGGUGCACUGGAAGGCCCUCCGAACGGCGAGAAGCCCGCCGCCAAGGGCAAGGCCGGCAAGGCCGCCAAGGCCAAGAAGCUGGUCAAGAAGGUGAAGCGGGGCAGCGCGGCGUCCACGACGACGGUGCGGUCGCGGGACUCCACCACGAUCCGGCGGCAGCAGUCCUCGCUCGUCGACAAGAUCAUCCACAAGAAGAAGAAGACCACCUCGCCCGUGUUCAGGCCGAAGCGAGGCAGCCCCGUGCCGGACAAGCUGGCCAAGGCGAAGCCCAGGGCCAGCACCGCCAGCUCGGCCAGCUUGAAGGGGAGGAAGACGGAGGCGCUGACGCGGCUGCAGCAGUUCAGCCCGGCCGACUGCGUGGUGGAGAUCCUGGCCAGCAAGCCGGUGGCCGACCUGUCGUGCGACAGCCCGUCGGAGACGCGGAGGAAGGUGGACUCGUGCACGGGGGACAUGUCCGCGUCCAGCGUGCACUCCGGGUUCACCGCGCCGCCAGUGCUGGCCAAGGCGGUGGCCAAGGCUGUGGCCAAGGUGCACAGCCGGCAGAGCAAGCUGGCGCUGGCGCUGCCCCGGUACCGCCCCACGUUGCGCACGCCCAGGAUCUCCUGCGUGGGCAUGAACGCCGGCAACGAGGAGGCGCCCUGGAAGGACAAGGACGCCGUGCUGGAGACCAGGGUGGUCAGCCGGGCGCGCGCGCCGUGCCGCCACAAGGUCCCGCACUCGUCGUUCUCGCUGAACCCGCAGAAGGCCGUGCUGGACUCCAGGACGCCGUCGACGUCGUCCAGGUGCCGGACGCCCGUCAGCGCCAAGCGCCUCGCGUUCCCGGGCCUGCAGGAGAUGGCCGAGAUGCUGUGCGAGUACUCGACGCUCACCGCGGGGCCCUUGGCGUCGGAGCUGGUCAGCCUGUUCGAGGCCCCCACCAAGGUGUCGCUGCCGUCGUUCGAGGGCUACUCGCACGCCGGGGUGUCCGCCUCGGCCUCGACGCGGCCGAGCAUCGACCAGGUCCUGGAGGAGGUGACCGCACCGAGCACCUUCAAGAUCCGCGACGCGGAGACGGAGGCCAAGGUGGACGCCGCCCUCCAGGAGAUCCUCAAGUCCAUCACGGACAUCCAGAGCACCUCCACGGCCAAGGCCUCGGAAGUUCGUUUCGAUGCUUCCGCCACCGUCCAGCCCGAGCCAGUCACAGAAACAGUCCCCACUGGAACAGCCAUCGCAGAAGCAGUCCUCACAGAAACAGUUCUCACAGGAGACACUUUCGCUGAAGAACCGGCGCCCCUCAAAGAAAAGCCCCGGCCGCACCUGCACGGCUUGUCGUACAAGCCAUCCGCCAGACCGUCCACUUUCGACUUGAUCGAAACCCUACUGUUUAACGAGCCCCCGAAGCUUGUAAAAGCAAAGAGCGCUCAGCUGGAGGACACCGUGACACGCUCCGCCCUGGACGUCAAGGUGAACACGUGGACAGAGCCGCCCUCCCCCGUCGCCACCGUGUCCGGCAGCGUGCAGGUCAAGACGUCCACCGCGAACGCCGAGUGCCAGCGAACGGGCACGAGCUCCCCGCACAGCGCGGGCACUGCGGCAAGUGAACGCCAGAGCGAGAGACUGUUCGUGAGGCGCUCCGAGAUCCCCGAAGACCAGUGCAAGUGCGGGGAGGGCUUCGCCACGAAGCAGAUCCACCGCAACGACCUGGCGCUGGAGGCCCUCGAAGUCGGGGACUACGCCCCGGAGUUGAUUCCGAGGUCGCAGCACGACCUCCUGCGACCCAAGGCGGCGAACAGCGGGCAGCCCAGCAGGACGGCCAGUCGGGAAGCGCCGAGCGGGCCGCCGCCGCCGUCCGCCGCGGCCUUCCAGCGGGCGCAGGCGCGCAUCGCGGCCCUCAUCAAGGAGGACCUCCCCGCGACGUACAUGGCCUUCCUGACGGACGUGUUGCCGUUUUUCCUGCAGCGGACCAAGUCGGAGUUGGACGGCCCCCGGAGGAAGGUGCUGCAGCAGCUUUUCGAGGAGGACUACCUGAACCACCAGCACGACGAGGGACCUGGCUGCGGUCCUCGCGAUGACCCUCAGACGCGGUGGUUCGUGGCGGCCAUGGCGCAGCAAGUGGCCUUCCUGGUGGAGGACACGGCGCGGUCGGCGGAGCUGGAGCUGACGGCGUCCCUGCGGUGCUGCACGCCUCCAUGACGGGGCGGCCGGAGGGGGCCUGUACCACACUGUAACAAUAUCACCGAGUCUCGCAUGCGUCGCUCCGAGUCUUGGAGUCGGUGGUCCGCUUUCGCGCGGCUUGGGUCGUCGCUUUGACUUAUUGCGACUGGCGGUCGUAAACGUCGUGAGCGUCCCGGGCCGUCCGCCGGGGCACGAGCUCGACCGCGCGGUAGGUGGCUAGAACGACGCCUUCCUGACAGGCUGCUGUGGUGUUCUCACCCGCCCGGCUGCAGCACACCGACACCACCUGUUUUCUCACUUUAGCAAAAUAGACCUUUCGCUUUGUCA